AUGGGCUACCACGGUCGUUACACCACAGAGAAGGUGACCUAUCCAUCUCACGGGGAGACCAUCGCCGGCAUCCUGUAUAUGCCCAAAGACGUGGCCAACCCGCCCGGCGUCGUCGUUCUCGGCCCAUACUCAUUUGUCAAGGAACAAGCCCCACUGCAGUAUGCCACACGACUUGCCGACGAAGGCUAUGCCGCUCUAAUCUUUGACCCACGCACGGUCGGCGAGAGUACCGGCCAGCCGCGGCGUCUAGAGAAUCCUAAGAUGAAGAACGAAGACGUCGUCUCUGGCCUUGACUACCUUGCUGGCAGAGGCGACGUAGAUGCAAAGAGAUUGUUCCUCGUCGGUGUCUGCCAAGGCGGUCCUGAGUGCCUAGACGUUGCAUCGUACGAUGAUCGAGUCGUCGCUGUGGCUUCCGUGACAGGGUACUAUCGCGACCAUGAGACUGACGUCUGGAUGAUCUGCACUGGCUGCGUCAACAUCGAACCCGGGGUCGACGUUGGGUCGUUGAAGAUGCCUACGCCUGAGCAAGGGGAGGCGCUAUAUCAGGCACGCAUCGAGCGAGCUAAAAAGGCUAAAGAGCUGUACGAAGAAACAGGCCAAGUCAUCUACCAACCGCUCGUCGAUCCGAAAGCCGCAGACCCAGAUGUUGGUUCACUGGCUGGUCUUCCGGGUCCCGUCGCGUGGACCUGGUACGGUCCGUGGACUUUGAAGGGAUUUGAGAACCGAUACGCCGUUAUGAGUGACUUGGAUCACUUUGGCUAUUCAACCGUACCUGGGGUAGCCAAACUCACUAAGCCGGCUUUGGUUAUUCAUGGAGACAAUUGCAUGAAUGCGCCUGCAGCCAAGAGGCAUUUCGAGUCGAUCCCGGCCGAGAAGAAGAAAUUGAUUUGGGAUAACGGUGUUUCGCAUUUCCAACAUUACGAUCAGCCAGAUGUUGUGGACAGUAACAUUGGUGAGAUUGCGGCUUGGUUCAGUCAGGUAGAGGCGUAA